AUGCCCCACUUCUCUUCACUUCUCAACCUCCCAAUCCCAUUAACUCUCCCCAUCCCUCUAUUCAUCAUCUUCACAAUCACAUACCUAUCUUUCGCCCCUAUGUUCAAGACUGAAAAACAAAAAGCUUAUAUACUUUCCACUCUAAGUUCAGGUAGUAUGACAUUGAUUUCUUUACCUUUUCUUUAUACGUAUUUGACAAAAGGUUUCGGGGUGGUUAUGGAACAAGGAGAGAUGGGUUGGAUGUUGGUUUUAGGAAGAUUUGGAGUAACUUUUUUCGCUACUUAUUUAAUUGCUGAUCUCGUCCUUGGUUGGAUAUAUUAUAGAAAUCAGGUCGGACUUCUUACUGGUUGGAUACAUCAUCUAUGUUAUAUAGCUUUGAUGGGUUACAUCUUAACAACUCGACUGAGUCCUAUUUUCCUCAUUGCCGCAUCUAUGGAGUUACCAACUUUCGAUCUAGCCAUAUCGAAUCUGUUCCCUUCAGUCCGAAACGAUCUUCGAUUCCUUUCCACAUUUUUCAUCCUUCGCAUUACCUUUCAUCUCAUCUUCCUACUCGACUGUCUUCGUCCUUCUUCCCGAACAAUAACUCAUUCUUUUUCGCCGGGUAUAUUCCUCACUUUAGCUUUAAUCCUUCAUAUAUCUUGGUUCCGAGGUGGUCUUUCCGGUUAUCUCAAACGUCGUUCAAAAUCUUCAUCUAAACCUCUUGCUUCAAUCACCGAACCGAUCAUAUCCACCGCAACCAUUUUGGAACCAAAGAUUGAAGAUUCAAUUUUACCUUCUUCUUCUUCCUCUUCUCCUCCAACACCGGAAGAUAGUCCAUUGAUAACUCCUCGUACACCUAGUCUCACACCUUUCACUUUACGAGAUAGUUAUCUUUUACCGAAUUUACCUAAUUUACCUCAAAUCACAAUGCCAAAUCUACCUACUGUAUCUAUCCCGAGUCUGUCAGAAUUGACAGCUUCAAUUCCUAGACCAAAGGGUAUCAGUAAGGAAUUAGGCUUGGGGUUCAAAGAUGCCGUCAGGAGUAGAUGGGAAGAACAGAGAGAAAGGUUUGUGGCUGUUAAAGAAAUGGGAAUGGGGAUGGAUCUAUCAAGUUUUAGCGCGAUGGGUAUUAGGAGGAGAAGAAAGGCGGAAGAGGUGGAAGUUCAGGUCGUGAUGGAUGAAGAGGAUUGA